UCUCUUGAUCUAUGCCAAACAAGUCUCAAAUACAUGGCAGCCGAAAUAAAACCGGCAUGGUCCAAUAAGAGUUGGAUAGUUAACAGUAGAGCAAUUGCAAAGAAAGUGAGAAAUGCCACUCGAUCAUCUUCUCAACUAAUCAAAGACUGUGGAGCAAAUCGAGAAUGCCCAAAUUGCCAUUAUUGCAUUGAUAACAGUGAUUUUGUCCUUGUACAGGUCUCUCAAGAAUGGCCUGGCUUACCGGUUGGUGUGAAGUUUGAUCCAUCUGAUGUAGAGCUUGUACAACAUUUAGCUGCAAAAUGUGGUGUUGGAGACUCGAAGCCUCACAUGUUUAUUGAUGAGUUUAUUCCAACACUUGAGGGGGACCAAGGAAUUUGUUAUACCCAUCCAGAAAAUCUUCCAGGUGCUAAGAAAGAUGGAAGCAGUGUCCAUUUCUUUCACAGAACAAUGAAUGCUUAUUCUACUGGUCAAAGGAAGCGUCGUAAGAUCCACAAUCAACAUAGUUUAACUGAAGAUCAUGCGCGCUGGCACAAAACUGGUAAAACCAAAGCUGUGAUACAAAAUGGAGUGCAGAAGGGCUGCAAGAAAAUCAUGGUUCUUUAUAAGAGCUCAAAGAAGGGCAGCAAACCAGAUAAGGCCAAUUGGGUCAUGCAGCAGUACCAUCUGGGGACUGACGAAGAUGAAAAGGAUGGUGAAUAUGUGGUUUCUAAAAUUUACUAUCAGCAGCCGAAACAAAACGAAAAGGCUGAAGAUUGUCCAGUUAUUGAAGAUUCGGACAAUUUGGCACUUGAAACUAGUCCAAGGACCCCAAAUACAAAUCCUCCCAUUCCUCCGCGGCCAGAGAAAUCUUUAACAUGUGAUAAUGCUGCUGAUGGUAAUAUACUAACAUCACCUGUAAAGGCACCAGAGCAUAUUGUAGAAGCAUCGUCUGCCCCUUUACCUUCUGCUGUUAAGCCUGAGGACCAUCUAGGGAGCAUAACAUGGUUGGCGGGUGAAUCUCAGGAUGUUGACUAUCCUGAUUUGAAUUCCAUUGAAGAAUCUUUGUUAUGCAAGGAAGAAAACAUUUCUUCUGCUCUCUUAGAGAAUUCAGGAAUUAAUAAUGUCUCAUACACCGAUCUUUGGUACGACACAAAUAACAUGAAAGGGAACAACAGUGCACCCUGUGGAAUUUCUGAUCUCGAGAACCUAGAACUGGAUACUCCGCCAGAUUUUCAGCUCGAUCUACAGACGUUUUCUGGGGAGAGUAUUCUUGAUUGGUUAGACCGUUUCUGAAGAACUAAUAUGCAAGCCCUGACAAUAGAUUUCGAAGUUAUGUUUUCCCGGCCCUGGCUGAAGUUGUUUUCUUCACUAACAUUUUCUUCAGCGGCAAAGAAUCAAUUGCUCUUUUCGAGGGAGUUCUCUAUACAGUUCAUGAAUCCAAGGACUCCACAAAGCUUGCGGCAGAU